UUUUUCAGAUCCCUCGGAGAAAAAAAAAAAAAACAACCACCUUGAAAAACAACUUGCUGUUCUUAUCAUCUUCAUAAAAAAUAAUAAAUCUUAAAAUUAAGAGUUUUUAUUCAGUCGAAAAGCAACCCAGAAAAGAUACCAAGAAUGGCGAUGGCAAAAUACGAUCUGACACCAAAAAUAGCACCAAAUCUUGACAGGCAUCUUGUGUUUCCAUUGUUGGAAUUCACUCAAGAAAGAGAGCUUUAUCCAAAUGACCAAAUUCUUAAAGCCAAGAUUGAGCUUUUGAACAAUACCAAUAUGGUUGAUUAUGCCAUGGAUAUUCAUAAGUCUCUUUACCAUACUGAUGAAGUCCCCCAAGAUAUGGUGGAAAGGAGAGCUGAGGUGGUUGCAAGGUUGAAGUCUUUGGAGGAGGCAGCAGCUCCGUUGGUUACGUUUUUGCAGGAUCCAAGUGCGGUUCAGGAGUUGAGGGGUGAUAAGCAGUAUAACCUACAGAUGCUCAACGACCGUUAUCAGAUUGGUCCAGAACAGAUAGAAGCGUUGUAUCAAUAUGCCAAGUUUCAGUUUGAGUGCGGGAACUACUCGGGAGCAGCUGAUUACUUAUACCAGUACCGAGCCUUGUGCACUGAUGCUGAAAGGAGUUUGAGUGCCUUAUGGGGAAAGCUAGCGGCUGAAAUACUCAUGCAGAAUUGGGACAUAGCACUUGAAGAGCUUAAUCGUUUGGAAAAAAUGAUAGAUGCGAAGAAUUUUGCCUCUUCACUGGAGUUAGUUCACAGCAGGAUUUGGCUGAUGCACUGGAGUUUAUUCAUAUUCUUCAACCAUGAUAAUGGCAGAACACAACUCAUUGACUUGUUUAACCAGGACAAGUAUUUAAAUGCCAUUCAAACAAAUGCUCCACAUCUUUUGCGGUACCUUGCAACUGCAUUCAUUGUUAACAAGAAGAAAAGGCCUCAGUUUAAAGAGUUCAUUAAAGUCAUCCAGCAAGAGCAGCACUCUUUCGCAGAUCCCAUUACCGAAUUUUUGGCAUGUGUUUAUGUCAAUUUUGACUUUGAUGGAGCUCAAAAGAAGAUGAAAGAGUGUGAGGAUGUGAUACUAAAUGACCCUUUUCUAGGCAAACGACUUGAAGAAAGCAAUUACACAGUGGUGCCAAUGAAGGAUGAGUUUCUUGAGAAUGCUCGUCUUUUUAUGUUUGAGACCUAUUGCAGAAUACAUGAGCGCAUUGACAUGGGUGUGCUUGCUGAGAAGUUAAACCUCAACUAUGAAGAUGCUGAAAGGUGGAUACUGAAUCUCAUUCGAACCUCAAAACUUGAUGCUAAAAUCGACACCCAAACUGGAACCGUCGUAAUGGAACCCAAUCAUCCCAGUGUGUACGAGCAACUUAUUGACCACACAAAAGGACUAUCAGGGCGUACUUACAAGUUAGUUAAUCAGCUCUUGGAACAUGCUCAGGCACAAGUUGCCCGGUGAAUCUACUUACUGUUUUGGCUCUGCAGAUUUUGACCCUUUGUCACCUGUUUUUUUCUGCUUAGAGUUUUUAAUUCGUGUAAUGAGAAGAUUCAUGUUUGUCUAUCUUGUGAUACUCUCUUGGAGAAGAUUAACAUUUGAACCAAAAAUCAUGGUAAACAUGCUGAAACAUGGAGCUUGUAGUUUUGAAUUAAAGCAAUUUCUAUCGACUAUGGCUAUAGCUUUAUUAUGUA